AUGAGUGAUUGCUCGCUCGCAAUCACUAAUGCCAUAGCAGACACCUACCAACUUGCCGGCCAGUACGCACCCCAACAUUACUGGUGCUUGUUCCAUGUGCUGAAGGCAUAUGGAGACGCUGCAGCCCGAUAUCUACACGAUCGGGCUGACAAGGCUAUCAAGGACUUUUGGGAGCUCGUUUACAAGGAACUCGCAGAUCCUGAGGCCAGCUAUCGGUCGUUCCAGGCAAAAUGGGAACAGGUCAACCCGAAGUUUGCACAAUACGUACACAAACAGUGGUACAAGCAUUAUGCUAAGUGGGCAACUUGUUUUCGAACAGCUGCUCAUCAAGGCAUACACACCAAUAACUAUGUUGAAGGCUGGCAUUGGGUCCUCAAGACAAAGGAACGAGUCCGAGUCGAUGAACUUGUCCAAAUAUUCAAAAACGAUGUCAUACCGAAUUAUCAGAUGACAGCUACACAAGUUCACAGAGGUAUCAAGAAACAAACGGCCAACAAAUUUCAAUUGCGAGCAAAGGGCUUGGGGGAGAGUUUUACAAAGGAAUUUCUAAGAGUGCUAGGAGUCACUAUUGUCAUGUGUCAGAACUAUUUCAACGGUCGCAAGAACCAGCUCACCUGCUGCACUUGUGACCACUUUUCUCGGCAUGCGAGUGGCUGCAAGCAUAUGUACUUUCUCGCAAAAGAGCUCGGGUGGUUGGUUGUCGAAACGGUUGCUGUGGGCCUACUAGUUGAUGCCGUGCCACAAAUGGGGCCAGAAACGAUUCUGAUUGGCGAGGUGGAGCUUCAAGACAGCCAAUCUGACCACGGAGACCAACCCGAUGAGAAUCUCCCACUCAUUGACAGAAACGAGGAUGAAUCCAGCCUGAACCUCAUGCUGGAAUCAAGCGUUCGAGCGGUGCAAAGGGCAACACAAGUGCUCAAGUUUGCUGCAAACCGUCGAGUGAUGCAAAUGCACUUCUCUGUGCUUGCUGCAAAUGGAUUGAAGGAGCGAUGCGAGGUGGUUCGUUUGUUUGUCGAGGAAAGAUGUAAGGGUGUUUCUGUCACUUACCCUAGUACGAUCGCCGAGGUCUCUGAGACUGUCAGCAUGACUGGGGCCGAAGUCGAAGCGCUGGUUGGCUCGAUUGUCGAUGAGAUUUGGGAUUGUAUCAAGCGGACAUGCGACCUUGUAACAAAGAGGAAGAACAAAGAAGAGGUUCGAAGGAAAUGCUCUCCAGAAUCGAUGGGUGCUUUCAAGGAGGCUUGCUGGGGGAUUCAUGAGACGAUCAAAGAAGGUUGUCGACAGCCAGACGGAAAGCAAGCUCAAUAA